AUGGAGGAACUGGCCCGGGAGAGCAUCAGCCUGAUGGCCCGGUCUGCGUCCCACGCGGACCCGCCGCGGCUCGGCUCGUUCGGGGCGGUGUUCAUCAUGCUGAAGUCUGCGCUCGGGGCUGGACUGCUCAACUUCCCCUGGGCUUUCCAGAAGGCGGGGGGAGUGACUAGUGCCAUCAGUGUGGAGCUGGUUUCGCUGGUCUUCCUCAUUAGUGGUUUGGUCAUCCUGGCCUACUCUUCAUCAGUCAGCAGACAGAAGACGUAUCAGGACGUGGUGAAAGAGGUGUGUGGAGGAGCUGUGGGUCAACUCUGUGAAGUCUGUUUCUGCUUCAACCUCUUCAUGAUCUGUGUCGCCUUCCUGGUGGUGGUUCAGGACCAGCUGGAGAAAUUGAGUAUUUCUUUAUAUGAGACAGUCACUUCCAGUGAGGGAGAGAUGCCUUAUCACUGGUACUCCGACCAACGGUUUGCCCUCUUCAUCAUGUGCCUCUUCAUCAUUUUACCCCUGUCCAUCCCAAAAGAAAUCGGCAUCCAGAAAUACACAAGUGUGUUGGGAACGCUGGCUGCUACGUAUCUGUGUGUGGCAGUGAUUGUAAAGUAUUACAUGAUGGAGAGCCACACUGUUAUAAUUACUCCGGAGCACAGCCAAGGUGUGAGUUCAUGGGCUUCGAUGUUCAGUGUCGUGCCGACCAUCUGCUUUGGCUUCCAGUGCCAUGAAGCCUGUAUUGCGAUCUACAGCAGCAUGGAGAACCAGAACCUCUUCCACUGGGUGAUCAUCUCUGUGGUCUCCAUGAUUUUCUGUUUGCUCAUCUACACUCUAACCGGUGUGUACGGCUUCAUGUCGUUUGGACGAGCGGUCGCCUCUGAUAUUUUGAUGUCAUAUCCAGGAAAUGAUGUGGUCAUGAUUAUCUCCAGACUACUUUUUGGAAUAUCAAUCAUCACCAUUUAUCCUAUUAUUCUCCUUCUGGGGAGGUCUGUCAUCCUGAACCUGAUGCUGCGUAUUCAAAGACAUCAUCGGGGAAUCGUCACUCAAUUGUUUGAGAGUCGUUGCAGAGUAGUUCUCACCGUGAUCUGGAUCACCAUCACUCUUCUCAUCGCCAUGUUCGUCCCCGACAUGGGGGAGGUCAUCAGUGUUAUCGGAGGCAUCAGCGCCUUCUUCAUCUUUAUUUUUCCUGGUCUUUGCUUAGUGUUCACUAUGCAAAAUGAAUCCAUCACUCCAAGAGUCAGGGUGGUUUUAUCCAUUUGGGGAGUCAUAACCAUUGUAGUUGGAGCCUUCAUAUUCGGACAGACCACCACCAUCGCUAUCAUGGAGCUUUGCAACAAAUUCUGAUUUCCCCACGUUUUCACCACCAUCUGCAGCAGCUGCUUCAUUGUGACUUCACAUUAUGAAAGUUGCAUUUGUAAAUGUGGUUUUCAGUUGUAUAUAUGAUCCUUAUCAAGGUUCUCCAUGACCUGGACAUACAAUAUAUAUCUACUCUGUAAGAAUAUUUUUCUGUGUGUGAUGCAUAAAUAUCGGAUUUAAAUGGACCAUAGUAUAAUGUCAAAGAGAAGAAUACAAUGUUAAGUAUUCCAUUUUUAGGUAAGUGGAGAAUAAUAAAGUUUGAAUAUGUGUUUUAUUAUUUGAUUUGCUAUACCAAUAAUAUAGUUUUAGUAUAUAGAUAAGCAUUCACAAAGGGUUUGCCUCUGACCUUUUAUUGUGCUUGCAAAAUCCUGCCAGGGGGCAGUAUUGUACUACAGAAGAUCUUUUUAUUUAUCUGCAUAGUCAUUAAUUCAUAUAUGUGUGCAAUUUUCUAUUGGAGACACAGAUAAGAGACAAAAAUAGAUCUUAUUAUUGUUAUCUUGGUGAUGGGGAUCGUUUUGACAAUAGCGUGCCACGGUUUUAUCCAGCAAGACGUUGUUCCUUUUUAAUAUAUAGGUAUGGAUUGGGUGCCCUUGAAA